UGUGUAAUUGGUUUAUAAUUCCCAUGAAGAAGUCCUAGAUCUAAAGGGGCCAAAGUUUUGCUCCUGUAAGCACUUUCAUGCCAGGAGAAUCCUGUUCCUCUCCAUGGCUUUCAGUAUGACAAAUAACUCCAAAGUCCAUUUCAAUCUGGGUCGAUGGCUCGGCUUGAGGUAAAGGAGGAGGAGUGGGGGGGUCAACCCAACAAGACUCCCCCCCCCACUCCCUCUCUCCACCUCUGAAAAGCUCCAGCUUCCUGCUUCCAAGUUCGGACAGCGCGCGCUGAUUGGCCGCUGCGCGCACAGUGGGCGGUCCCCUCGCGCCCCUCCUUCCCCGGCUCGGCUCGGGUUACAGUUGAGCUCAAGCUGUUGCACACACACGCACAAACACACACACCGAAGUGAGUGUUUCGGACCUUUUUUUUUUUUCUUUUUUUUUUGGAAAAAAAAGAGAAAGACAGCAAGCGCACCGGCGUGGAGAUAUUGGCGAACUGAAUAGGAGCCACCUCGUGGAGUGCCACUUUUUGUGCCCCGCGGAACGAGAGGACGCGCACGGCGUUUACGCACAGUAGCCCCCCGUGAGCCGGGACUGGAGGAUAACCCGGCUGGAGCGCGCACGGACCGGGCUGAGAACCUGGAGGGAGACUUACAAUAGAAACGCGAUUCCCGUGAAGAAGAAGAAGAAUAGCGCAGGGAGGAGGAGGAGGAGUGAAAGAUAACACUGGAAUGAAGAGGACCUCGAGAUUCCUGGCGUGCUGCGGAGUUGUGACUGAUGGAUGAAUGUGGUCAUCUGUAGGCUAUAAACGGCGACAGGUACAGAACCCAUCAGGGGAGCUUUGACAAAGACGCGGCGCUGAGCGUCACCGGCAGCCGCUGCGCCACAUUUCGCCCCCCAAAAACUCUCCGAUUGGCUCAAUUUACUCCAUCCGAUUGUGCGGCUGAGUUUCCCCCACGGGGUUAGGAGAAAAGGUCGCGGGGGACUUGCUUUUUUGUCUCAGCCACAGGUCAUUCAGGACACUCAGGGCUGCUCUCCUCCGGAACCAGGCGCGCACGGAUCGGUCAAGGACACGGAAAUUCUACAGAAGUCGCUCAUUGGGACAUGUAUCUGACAUCGACCUCGCAUGCUCCCGACUGAUCGCAGCUCACCUCCCCACCGGCCGAACCUCACAUAAAGGCUGCCAAGCGCGCUGUCCCCCCUGACGCUUUGAGUUCUCCUUCAACAUUUACCAGAAUGGCGGGACUCGCUUGUUGGAAAUAUUACCUUUGGAUCUUUAUUUUAAUGUGCAGGUCGGCGCUGCCUUCAGCCAAAACGCUGGAGACCAUCAUUUGGAGCUCACAAAACCCCAAGUUUCUUGCCGGAAAGGGCCUAGUGAUCUACCCUGACAUCGGAGACAAACUGGACAUCAUCUGUCCCAAAGCGGACCAAGGAAGAGAUUAUGAGUACUACAAGCUGUACCUGGUGAAAAGAGAGCAGGCGGAGAGCUGCAGUACUGUACUCGAUCCGAAUGUACUGGUCAACUGCAACAAGCCUGAGAAGGACAUCAAAUUCACCAUCAAAUUCCAGGAGUUCAGUCCCAACUACAUGGGCUUGGAGUUCAGGAGGAAACUCAACUACUACAUCACCUCGACCUCCAACGGCACGAUUGAGGGCCUGGAGAACCGAGAGGGAGGCGUCUGCAAGACCCGAGCCAUGAAAGUCAUCAUGAAAGUCGGGCAAGUCCCCAACGCAGCAAACCCAGAGGCGCCCGAGACUCCAGAUGACAACACCAUACCCGAGUCCAGUCCCAUUACGCCCGACAGCAAUCAGAUAAGACCUGAGGUCCCAGGAAGUCCAGACAAGAAUCAGGACCAGACGGGGUCUUCUUCUGCCGCAGACGGCAUCCUGGGCUCCAAAAUGGCUUUGUUUUCCACCAUCGCAGCCGGCUGCGUCAUCUUCCUCGUGCUCAUCCUCCUCCUCGUCAUCCUCCUUAUCAAGAUGCGCAAACGUGCCAGGAAAAACUCCCACUCUCAGGCCCGCCCAUCCGCGCUGUCGCUCAGCACGCUGUCCAACCCCAAACUGCCGGGCGGCACGGCCGGCACGGAGCCCAGUGACAUCAUCAUUCCUCUGCGGACAGAGAACAACUACUGCCCUCACUAUGAGAAGGUGAGCGGCGACUAUGGCCAUCCAGUCUACAUUGUCCAGGAGAUGCCUCCGCAGAGCCCUGCCAACAUCUACUACAAAGUCUGAAGGGCUUCACCCGGCCAGCGACGCGGUCAAGAGAGAGGAAAAAGAGGAGCGCCUGAUUUACGUUCUUGGGAAAACACUUUCCUUUGCAAUCUGGGGGACUUGAUGCCUCUUCAAGCCCCUGUUAUUUCUACCACCUGCUGCACAAAUCUGGAGAAACACGCACCGACCAGUAAACCAGCGGGGAUGAGAGCUGCCUGAUGAAAGAGGGUUUAUCCUGUUUGUUUGAGUUGUCUGACAUUCCCCCACCUUCCAUCCUUCCCCAUCCACUCCCGCCCUCCACAUCUCCCUGCUGUGUGGAUGGGGGUGGGGGGGCGUGGCUGGAACAACCAACCAACAGAUGGAACUCCGGCUUCGUGGUCCCUUUUUUUUUUAACAGACAGGAUAUAACUUAUCUCAGCUCCCUGAAGUACAGUCCGUGCUACACCCAAUUAAACACACCGUCCUAGCACACCAGCCGGGAACAGGCAGACAUGGGCCUGAGCGCCACUCAGCCUGCAUUUCCUCUCUUUUUUUUUCUUUGUGCGAGCGGAGAACAAGUGUGUGCGCGCCUCAAUGCAUGUGUGAUAGUGGGGGCCUCGUGCUGGGCCAGGAAACUCUCCAGAUAGCUCAGGUAUAUUACAAAGUGUGUGAAAUAAAGUGUUUCUCCUCCCUUCGCACCUCUGACGUUUGCCUUACUUACUAUUUUUAAUGGAGGAUUUCCUUGAACCCUGAUUCAGUUCACAAAGCAGUUGUAUUUUGUUAGACUUUUCCUACAAGUGCACAAUGUAUAGAGUUAAUAGAUCAUUGUUAUAACUCUUCACCACCCAUCCCAUCCAUUGCGCUCAUGUUCUCGAGGAAGUACUUUGACCUGGACUGUAGACGUCGAGGUGUGUAUCUGUGUGUGUGUGUAGCUGAGAACUCCCUCCUCUGUUGUUUUAAUACAAGUUUCUCCAUCACUUUGGUAUUUAUGACCUGCUUGUGUGUAUUUCGGGGUGUGUCCUGUAGAUGUGUCUGGGCAUGUCUGGGCCUUUUUUUUUUUUAAAUGUGUGGGGAAACCAGCUUUGUGGGAGAAUUUUACUGUAUCGGGCAUAAGCUGUAAAAACAAGACAGACUAGAGUCGACAGACAGACAAGCCCGAGAUCUAACAAAAACCUCUCGUGGCUCCAGUUGGCAGGAAUUGAAGAUAUUGCUGUCUGAUAGGCCGACAGUGUGGGGGGUUUCAAGACAGCAGGCAGGUUUGUAUGUUUGUUUUCAUCUGCUGGUGCCACCGUUUAGGCAUCAAAUGGUUAGAUUGAUGCCUGCUGCCUGGGCGAGGUGGUUGGCCUAUAUAGGCGGUAUAUGUAAGUUGCUGCUGCAAACCGGGAUACAGUAUUAUCAGACGCCAAUUGGCUGCCAUCUGCAGAUGAGUCAUUGGAGUGCGCAGUUAGUGGUGUCGCCAGCGUGUGACUAAUCUGUGUGCCAUCUUCAUGCCCACACUCAGCCGCCAGGGAGGACGGAGCGUCAGAUAAAAGGAGAAAAUGUUCCUCCGACUUGGCUUUGACCUGAGAGGAGGAUUGAAGGUGUUGGGUGAGGUUGUGAAAGCGUUCAUUUUUCCAUCCUCUCACCAAAAUUCUGUACAGGGUAUCACUCUCGGCAGGCACCAGAUCUGCUAUAUGAACUUCGAGGUGCAAGAUUUGCACUUAUUUUCACAUCUGUGGGUGUGCUGCUGUGGCGGGGCAGCCAAACAGACUUGUUUCGGGACUGGCACUGGGCGCUCCAAACAGCGUGGCUGCCAAAGCUCGGAGCGCCACAGUCCAAGCUAAUGAUGUGUGAGAGGAGAGGGGAGCAGAUAAGGACAUCCAUUCUUCAGCGCACAGACCCGAGCUGUCAUUCCAUGCACACACAAGCACACCGAGACUGACGGGUCCAGGUUUAUCUCCAGUCUAAUGGUCAGAAUGGCAGUUAGUGUUUAUUUUCUGGCAGAGGCACCCAUCAUCCGCUGCCACGCACGGCGCUGUCGCCAUACCCGGACAGACUCUGCUGAGUUAAAAGGCUGAAGACUCCGGGAAGAUUCCCUAUGGCUCUUGUGUGCCGUUAACCUCAGAGCUAACAACCUAAACAGCUGCUUGUGCUUUUGUGGUUCUGUGUUUUAACUCAGCAUGCAGCCCUCAGUGGCGCUCUGCGAAACACAUCGAGAGCAUAUAUUUUUGUUUCGGAUCGCUGCGCAUCCGUUCAGCUACACCAGCUUAGGGAGUCAUUAACAAAUUACCAUGAACCAUAUCUCAUUUUUGUUCAUUCUAGUGACCACUUAAUGUUAUUCAAAUUUGGGUAGGAGGAGGAAGAAAAAAAGAAAAAGGAAAAAAAUUGUAAAUAUAUGGACAGAGCCCAAAUUAAGAUGUAAUUUCACCUUGAACACUGCUCAUAAGAAAAAUUUAAGAUUAGAUUUUUGUAAUGGAGGAUGUUUGUAAAUAGCUGUCUUUUUAAAGUGUGUUUUGUAUAAAUCCUUGCAUUUUUUUGUCUCUGUGACAUGUUUUUAUUUCCCUUUUCCUUUAGACUUCAACUAAAUAUUGCAACAGUCACAUGAGCUGUCUUUUUAUGCAGCAUCCAGUAUUGUUAAAGAGUUGUUGUUACCACACGUGUUUAAAAAAAAAAAGACAUACUUUUAUUUUGCUUUUUUAAUAACAGGAAGUCACUCAGAACUUGUUCAGGACUUUGAGAAAUAAUAGGUCGCUGAAAUGUGUAGAAGACAGCACUUAACUCUGCAUAUGAAGACUGUUUGAUUUUCUUUUUUUUUUUUUUUUUGCUCCCCUUAGCCCUGAAGAAGCAAAACGAUGUGGGUUUUAAAAAGCUGAAAGUCCAUGAUGGAGAAGGAGGAGAAGCAGAGAAAACAAAACAAAAAAAAGAGGCCAUGUAUGAGAGUGCGACCGUGGUGCGCUCUCCAAUAAAUCAUCUGGUUUACACCACUCAUUAUCUCCCAGGCGGUCCUUUGUUUUAAAGAUGCUCUCUCCUCCUUCUCUCCCUCCGCCCCUCUCUUUUGUCAUCCCUCUCUUCCUAAUUUAGCUCAAGGAUGUUGGCCGCCUAUGAGCUUCACUGUAGGUUGCCACUGCUCAAAGUCACAGUAUUAUUUUUUCGAUGUGCAUGUGAAAGCAAAAAACCUGUUGAAUUAAUUUCCCUUUGUUUAAAUCACAACUGUCAAUUUUUGUCGUUUUUAGUUUUUUUUUUUUUUUUUUUUGCCAUUCACUUAUUUGCCGCUUCUCAGCGUAACCUGUUGGCACCAGCUGCAAUGGAAAUUAUGUUCCACCAGUUUGGAAACUACCGCAUAUUGAUAAAUAAAAUUUUUCCCAUGGAAACUUGAUGUUUUCUUUUUCUGUUUCAAAUUUGUUUUUCCCCUUCAGGAUUUAAGAAUGUAACUUUAGCGCACCGACUGACCACUUUGGCACAUGAUGGGAGUUUAAAAAAAAA